AUGAAUACGGCUCUGAGACACUGGAAGGAGGCCGCGACGGUCAUACUAGCUGCUGGUACGAGACAUAAAGUCACUGUAGAUAGUUUGACAAGGUGUGUCGGUAAAGGCCCCUCUGCGGUCAGUGGGCCACUCCAGCUUGCCUGACAAGUUAGCCUUCGACUAUAACGUGUUGUUGCUGAAACGAAGCGGUACAAGUGGCUUCAUGCCGAACGCGUACGUCUUUCCCGGCGGUCUGGUGGAUUCGUCGGAUUUCUCAAGUGAAUGGCUUGAUCUUUUUAAAUCUUUUCGGCGCUCACCGAAUUUUGGACUCGGAUUUGUGAAGCAGCCGCCAGAGACGAGACCUCCGAUCUUCGCCACCGACAGAAAGAAACUGGGUUCUCCCAUUCCAGGUGACGUCGCAUUUCGCAUCUGUGCGGUGAGGGAAACUUUCGAGGAGUCGGGUGUACUUCUAGUCGUGCCGAAAGAAGAAGAGAGUACUUUACUUAACGGCAGUCGACCCGAAUUAACCAGAAUAACCGAUGUCUGUGACGAGAGUGAAUUGGCUAAAUGGAGAGUGCUGGUAAACGAGAACCCCUCUAACUUCAUCAGAAUGUGCAGGGAGCUGGAGUGUCUACCUAACAUCUGGGCUCUGCAUGAAUGGGGUAACUGGCUGACCCCUACUGGCGUGUAUGGAAAACAGCGGAGGUACGACACAGCCUUCUACAUUUGCUGCUUGCAAGAAACACCACCUCACACCCUACAAGAUGAGAAGGAAAUUGUGCACUUUAAGGUGAUUCCAUAGUUUAGUAGGGUGAAAGUGUAUUUUAUUGUGAUGUUCAAAGUGUUAUGCGACUGUAUUCAUUCAUGAUGUAUUCAUCAGUUCAUAACAUUGUUGUAAACUGUUCAUAAAUCUUAGUCUAACCUAAACCCCUCUCCCUCUCUCUCCUCCCCUCUCUCAGUGGUCCACCCCCUCAGAGAUCCUCCACAGCUACCAGGCCAGAGAGAUGUGGAUAGCCCCACCACAGUUCUAUGAUCUCAGCCGUAUGUGCCGGUUCCCCUCCCUGCAGGACCUCCACAGCUUCUCCAGACGGAGAGCGUCAGAGGGCUGUGAACAGUGGCUCCCUAUCCGCAUGGUGUCAGACAACUACUACAUAUCACUCCUCCCAGGUUAGGGUUUACCUUUACAUUAAGGUCAUUUAGCAGACGCUCUUAUUCAGAGGAACUUAAAGUCAGUUCUCUCAACUUAUCGUAGCUCUGAAAGACAACCACAUAUCACAGUCAGUUCUCUCAACUUAACGUAGCUCUGAAAGACAACCACAUAUCACAGUCAGUUCUCUCAACUUAACGUAGCUCUGAAAGACAACCACAUAUCACAGUCAGUUCUCUCAACUUAACGUAGCUCUGAAAGACAACCACAUAUCACAGUCAGUUCUCUCAACUUAACGUAGCUCUGAAAGACAACCACAUAUCACAGUCAGUUCAAUCAACUUAACGUAGCUCUGAAAGACAACCACAUAUCACAGUCAGUUCUCUCAACUUAACGUAGCUCUGAAAGACAACCACAUAUCACAGUCAUUGGACUUCAACUCUCCUCAAUAAAGCAGCUGUCAGAGAAAUGAGUGCUAAUAAGAAAAGUAGAGUGUUGUAACAAAUGAGAUGUUCUGCAUAACUGAUGCCCCGCUUCACAUUUCUGUCUCAAAAAAUCAACAACAAAAAAAAUCGGAAAUAAAAUUGAGUGACUUAUUUGAUUCAUUUGAAUAGAUUCUAUUAAAUGAUUAUUUUUAACUAAUUGACUUCGCCAUUGAAGUGGUUGGGAAUCGAGUCAUGGGAAUCAAAAUAAUGGCGUAGCAGUGCGGUCACGUUCUUUGUUGUGUGUCUGUGUAAAUAGCCAGUUUUUUUUUUUCGUACAUAUUUCCCUAUCACACUUUUCAUCCUUCUACAAAAUAUACUUUCCUGCAACCCGCCUCACUCAAUGUGGAACGGAUUCUAUUAUUGACUUACCUUUUAUCUAGAAUUUCCAGUUGAAACUAGCUAGCCAGCUAACUAGCUACUUGCUAUUAGCCACCGUUAGCGGUUUUCACCCAGGACAUCAGAUUUUUCUGUCGGAAUACCUGAAUCACUGGACAUUAACACCGGAUCGCAACUAGCUAGCCGUACCGAAUGGAUGUUGCUGUUUGGCUGAUCACCACUGCCCCAGAAGCAAGCAUCAGUUAGCCGUGAGCUAGCCUCGAGCCAGGCCCAUAUCCCGGCUAUCUACCUCUCUGUCUACCGGACGGGAGUAGCCAGCUAACCAGCUACUUGCUAUUAGCCACCGUUAGCGGUUUUUCACCAUUAUCCGUGGCCUGCACUACAUACCAGCCAGCUCUAGCCGUGGUUCUCUGUAGCUCAGCUGGUAGAGCACGGCGCUUGUAACGCCAGGGUAGUGGGUUCGAUCCCCCGGACCACCCAUACACAAAAAGUUAUGCGCACAUGACUGUAAGUCGCUUUGGAUAAAAGCGUCUGCUAAAUGGCAUAUUAUAUUAUUAAUAUUAUCGGCCAGUCUGCACCAUUCGAUCCAACACGACUGGUCUGCCGACGAAAUCGUCUGAUGUGGUUACAACAGGCUUCCCUUUACGUCGUCGACCACGAAGACCCAUCUGCUAGCCCCGGCCCGCUAGCACACGCUAGCCGUGGCCUCUUGCUCGCUAGUGCUAUAGCAACCCCCGAACUACCUCCGAACUCUCCUACUGCUGUUCACCGGACCUUAUGAUAACUCAGAUUGCCUGCGUCCGUAAUGGGUCCACGGUCAAACGACCACCCCUCAUCACUGUCAAACGCUCCCUAAAACACUUUAGCGAGCAGGCCUUUCUAAUUGACCUGGCCCGGGUAUCCUGGAUGGAUAUUGACCUCAUUCCGUCAGUAGAGGAUGCCUGGUUGUUCUUUAAAAGAGCUUUCCUCUCAAUCUUAAAUAAGCAUGCCCCAUUCAAAAAAUUCAGAACUAAGAACAGAUACAGCCCCUGGUUCUCCUCAGACUUGACUGCCCUUGACCAGCACAAAAACAUCCUGUGGCGUACUGCAUUAGCAUCGAACAGCCCCCGCGAUAUGCAACUUUUUAGGGAAGUCAGGAACCAAUAUACACAAUCAGUUAGGAAAGCAAAGGAUAGCUUUUUCAAACAGAAAUUUGCAUCCUGUAGCACUAUCUCCCAAAAGUUUUGGGACACUGUAAAGUCCAUGGAAAAUAAGACUGCCCAACUGCCCACUGCACUGAGGCUAGGAAACACUGUCACCACAGACAAAUCUACAAUAAUCGAGAAUUUCAACAAGCAUUUUGCUACGGCUGGCCAUGCUUUCCACCUGGCUACCACUACCCCGGCCACCAGCUCUGCACCCUCCACUGCAACGUGCCCAAGUAUUUGAAAGUAUUUGAAAGCCAAGUUAACAAACAGAUCACCUUCCAAUUCGAAUCCCACCGUACCUUCUCCGCUAUGCAAUCUGGUUUCCGAGCUGUUCAUGGGUGCACCUCAGCCACGCUCAAGGUCCUAAACGAUAUUAUAACUGCGAUCGAUAAAAGAUAGUACUGUGCAGCCGUCUUCAUCAUCGACCUGGCCAAGGCUUUCGACUCUGUCAACCACCGCAUUCUUAUUGGCAGACUAAAUAGCCUUGGUUUCUCAAAUGACUGCCUCGCCUGGUUCACCAACUACUUCUCAGAUAGAGUUCAAUGUAUCAAAUCAGAGGGCCUGUUGUCUGGACCUCUGGCCGUCUCUAUGGGGGUGCCACAGGGUUCAAUUCUCGGGCCGACUCUAUUUUCUGUGUAUAUCAAAUGAUGUCGCUCUUGCUGCUGGUGACGCUCGGAUCCACCUCUAUGCGGACGACACCAUUUUGUAUACAUCUGGCCCUUCAUUGGACACUGUGUUAACAAACCUCCAAACAAGCUUCAAUGCCAUACAACACUCCUUCAGUAGCCUCCAACUGCUCUUAAACACUAGUAAAACUAAAUGCAUGCUCUUCAACCGAACGCUGCUGGCACCCGCCCACCCGACUAGAAUCACUACUCUCGGCAGGUCUGACCUAGAGUAUGUGGACAACUACAAAUACCUAGGUGUCUGGUUAGACUAAACUCUCCUUCCAGACUCACAUUAAGCAUCUCCAAUCAAAAGUUAGAUCUAGAAACGGCUUCCUAUUUCGCAACAAAGCCUUCUUCACUCAUGCUGCCAAAAAUGCUCUCGUAAAACUGUCUAUCCUACCGAUCCUUGACUUCAGCGAUGUCAUUUACAAAAUAGCCUCCAACACUCUACUCAGCAAAUUGGAUGUAGUCUAUCACAGUGCCAUCCGUUUUGUCACCAAAGCCCCAUAUACUACCCACCAUUGUGACCUGUACGCUCUUGUUGGCUGGCCCUCACUACAUAUUCGUCGCCAUCAUCAAAGGGCUAUUUUACCAAGAAGGAGAGUGAUGGAGUGCUGCAUCAGAUGACCUGGCCUCCACAAUCACCCGACCUCAUCCCAAUUGAGAUGGUUUGGGAUGAAUCGGACCGCAGAGUGAAGGAAAAGCAGCCAACAAGUGCUCAGCAUAUGUGGGAACUCCUUCAAGACUGUUGGAAAAGCAUUCCAGGUGAAGCUGGUUGAGAGAAUGCCAAGAGUGUGCAAGCUGUCAUCAAGGCAAAGGGUGGCUGUUUGAAGAAUCUCAAAUCUAUUUUGAUUUGUUUAACACUUUUUUGGUUACUACAUGAUUCCAUAUGUAUUAUUUCAUAGUUUUGAUGUCUUCACUAUUAUUCUACAAUGUAGAAAAUAGUAAAAAUAAAGAAAAACCCUUGAAUGAGUCAGUGUGUCCAAACCUUUGACUGGUAGUGUAAACACACCCCUCCACAUGCCGCUCCUAACAUGCAGCUGUUUUGGGCUGUGAGAAUGGGCAGGGAGGUAUUUUGCCAAUAUCUACUUAGGCAUAAUAACGAUCACGAGUAUCAUCCGAUCCGACUAUCAACUGUCAAUUUACGGAUACGGUUAGGAAUGGGACUAUGGCCAUGUGGACACACCCCUAGUAGAGAGGGAACGGCCUUGUCUAGUUCCCCUGUGAAGCAUGAAGCCUUGUGAAUUGAGCCAUUAUUGAUUACUGAGGCUGUGGGUGAGUUCUACUGAGGCUGUGGGUGAGUUCUACUGAGGCUGUGGGUGAGUUCUACUGAGGCUGUGGGUGAGUUCUACUGAGGCUGUGGGUGAGUUCUACUGAGGCUGUGGGUGAGUUCUACUGAGGCUGUGGGUGAGUUCUACUGAGGCUGUGGGUGAGUUCUACUGAGGCUGUGGGUGAGUUCUACUGAGGCUGUGGGUGAGUUCUACUGAGGCUGUGGGUGAGUUGUACUGAGGCUGUGGGUGAGUUCUACUGAGGCUGUGGGUGAGUUCUACUGAGGCUGUGGGUGAGUUGUACUGAGGCUGUGGGUGAGUUGUACUGAGGCUGUGGGUGAGUUGUACUGAGGCUGUGGGUGAGUUCUACUGAGGCUGUGGGUGAGUUGUACUGAGGCUGUGGGUGAGUUGUACUGAGGCUGUGGGUGUGUUCUACUGAGGCUGUGGGUGAGUUGUACUGAGGCUGUGGGUGAGUUGUACUGAGGCUGUGGGUGAGUUGUACUGAGGCUGUGGGUGAGUUGUACUGAGGCUGUGGGUGAGUUGUACUGAGGCUGUGGGUGUGUUCUACUGAGGCUGUGGGUGAGUUCUACUGAGGCUGUGGGUGUGUUCUACUGAGGCUGUGGGUGAGUUCUACUGAGGCUGUGGGUGUGUUCUACUGAGGCUGUGGGUGAGUUCUACUGAGGCUGUGGGUGUGUUCUACUGAGGCUGUGGGUGAGUUCUACUGAGGCUGUGGGUGAGUUCUACUGAGGCUGUGGGUGAGUUGUACUGAGGCUGUGGGUGAGUUCCAAUCCAUUGGAUGAAUGACUUCUGUGAAACCAAAUUUCUCCAACAUGGCAGAUACGAACUUCCAGUUGACUCAGGUUGUCUUUUUUUUGUAAUUGUUAUCAGAUUGAAUUGGCGGCGCAUGUUGUUGCUAGAUUACCUGCCUUUUAAUGAAGGUGGUUUGAUCUGGGUGGAUUAGAGAUGCAAUUACUGGUUCCAAUCUUAUAGCUAAGGCUUAUUGUCCGGUAAUUUGAGUAGAGAGUAGGGUCCUUAUUGGGUUUGAGCAAAACCGUAUUGAAAUGAGUUGUAAUGGAUUGGAGUGUUUUCAGUUGUGCAGCCAUCUUGGUGAAUAUUGAUGAUAUUGUAGGCCGGAAGUGUUUGUAGAAUUCUGCAGGGUAACCAUCAGAUCCAGGUGAUUUGGUUUUUGGGCAUUUCCUGAAUUCCUCUGUCGUGAGUGGUCCAUCUAGUUUCCUGUUAUCUAGAUAACUUUGGAUACUAUCUGAGAAUGAUUGUAUUUCAGAUGGUUGGGGUUCAUGGUUGGGUUUUAUAAUGAGCUAUAGAAUGUUCUAAAGGUAUAUUUUGUCUGGGAUGAAACAUUUGAUCCCAAAACUAGAAUCUGUUAUGAACAGAGUGGACUAAGUUUUGUAGACUUUACCCUUUGCAAAAGUUUUGAAAAAUCUGCGUUGUUUAGAAGGAGUGCAAAGGCGAAUUGAGUUAUUGCACAUGCGCACUUCACAAAGUAGGCGUUCCCUAACGGAAAUAUGCAGAUUCAUGCUAGAAUGCGCCAAUAGGAUCUUGCUAACUCAUGCUUGGCUCUGCCCCCCUCUUUGCUUGUUCUGCCCACUAUGCCCUGUUUGUUCCCGUUGGAAACGACAGGCUGUGGUCUAUCUUGGUUUAGCUAUAAAAAAUAUUUGAUAUUACCCUGCACAUUUUGGAACUUUUGAGUUGGUUUGCAAGACAUUUCCCUGUCUUGUUCAAUAUUAUCAUGUCUAAUUCUCUGCCUUAGGAUGAUCAUGUCGAAGUCUCUGCCUUAGGAUGAUCAUGUCGAAGUCUCUGCAUUAGGAUGAUCAUGUCUAAGUCUCUUCAUUAGGACGAUCAUGUCGAAGUCUCUGCAUCAGGAUGAUCAUGUCGAAGUCUCUGCAUUAGGAAGAUAAUGUCUGUCUCUGCAUUAGGAGGAUCAUGUCUAAGUAUAAUAUAUAAUAUAAUAAUAUAAUAUAAUAAUAUAAUAUAAUAUAAUAUAAUAAUAUAAUAUGCCAUUUAGCAGACGCUUUUAUCCAAAGCGACUUACAGUCAUGCGUGCAUACAUUUUUGUGUGGUCCCGGGGAUCGAACCCACUACCUUGGCGUUACAAGCGCCGUGCUCUACCAGCUGAGCUACAGAGGACCACAUCAGGAUAAGUCUCUGCAUCAGGAGGAUCAUGUCGUAGUCUCUGCAUCAGGAUGAUCAUGUCGAAGUCUCUGCAUUAGGAUGAUCAUGUUUAAGUCUCUGCAUUAGCAAUUGUGUUUUUUUUUGUUAGUUAUAAUACUCUCCAGUUGGAAUUUAGGUGUUUUUUUCUCAUGUGAAGUCAAAACUGUCAAUCUGAUUUGAUAUGGUCAUUGCUGGAUGAUAAUUUUACUGUUUUACUGUGUGUGUGUGUCUGUGUGUCUGUGUGUGUGUGUGUGUGUGUGUGUCUGUGUGUGUGUGUGUGUGUGUCUCCUCCACUUACCAGGUGACGAGCUGUACCCAGAAGAGGGGUCAUGUCAGAUGAAUGUGACCCUGAACACAGACCAGAGCCUUGAUGAGAUGCAUCAGGGCAGCUCAGCACUGCACCGUAUCGUAGCCCUGGACCCCUACACUGCUGCUGCUGUCAUCACCAUCACACCCAGAUACAACCACCUGCUGCCCUUCACACGGUCCAGCCUGACAACCAGAACCAGCAGCCAGCUCUGAUACAACCACCUGCUGCCCUUCACACGGUCCAGCCUGACAACCAGAACCAGCAGCCAGCUCUGAUACAACCACCUGCUGCCCUUCACACGGUCCAGCCUGACAACCAGAACCAGCAGCCAGCUCUGAUACAACCACCUGCUGCCCUUCACACGGUCCAGCCUGACAACCAGAACCAGCAGCCAGCUCUGAUACAACCACCUGCUGCCCUUCACACGGUCCAGCCUGACAACCAGAACCAGCAGCCAGCUCUGAUACAACCACCUGCUGCCCUUCACACGGUCCAGCCUGACAACCAGAACCAGCAGCCAGCUCUGAUACAACCACCUGCUGCCCUUCACACGGUCCAGCCUGACAACCAGAACCAGCAGCCAGCUCUGAUACAACCACCUGCUGCCCUUCACACGGUCCAGCCUGACAACCAGAACCAGCAGCCAGCUCUGAUACAACCACCUGCUGCCCUUCACACGGUCCAGCCUGACAACCAGAACCAGAACCAGCAGCCAGCUCUGAGUGAUGGGUUAAGACUCAAAUGGCACCCUAUUCCCGACAUAGUGCACUACUUUUGAGCAGAGAUACACAACGUACUAGUCAAAAGUAGUGCGCUAUAUAGGGAAUAGGGUGCCAUUCUCUGGUCAAAAGUAGUGCACUAUAUAGGGAAUAGGGUGUCAUUCUCUGGUCUAAAGUAGUGCACUAUAUAGGGAAUAGGGUGUCAUUCUCUGGUCUAAAGUAGUGCACUAUAUAGGGAAUAGGGUGCCAUUCUCUGGUCUAAAGUAGUGCACUAUAUAGGGAAUAGGGUGUCAUUCUCUGGUCUAAAGUAGUGCACUAUAUAGGGAAUAGGGUGCCAUUCUCUGGUCUAAAGUAGUGCACUAUAUAGGGAAUACGGUGCCAUUUGUGAUGUGACCCAUGUAUUUUGGUAUUUUAUUAGGAUAAUAAUAUAAUAAUAAUAUAAUAUAAGGAUCUCCAUUAGAUGUUGCGAAAGCAGCAGCUACUCUUCCUGGGGUCCACACAGAACAUGAAACAUGACAUAAUACAGAACAUUAAUAGACAAGAACAGCUCAAGGACAGAACUACACCUCGUAGCCUACAUAUCAAUACAUACACACAAACUAUCUAGGUCAAAUAGGGGAGAGGCGUUGUGCCGUGAGGUGUUGCUUUAUCUGUUUUUUGAAACCAGGUUUGCUGUUUAUUUGAGCAAUAUGAGAUGGAACGGAGUUCCAUGCAAUAAUGGCUCUAUAUAAUACUGUACGCUUUCUUGAAUUUGUUCUGUAUUUGGGGACUGUGAAAAGACCCCUGGUGGCAUGUCUGGUGGGGUAAGUGUGUGUGUCAGAGCUGUGUGUGUGUGUAAGUUGACUAUUCAAACAAUUUGGGGUUUUCAACACAUUAAUGUUUCUUAUUAAAAAGUGAUGCAGUCAGUCUCUCAAAAACUCUUAGCCAAGAGAGACUGGCAUGCAUAGUAUUUACAUCAGCCCUCUGAUGGCCAUGUGUUGACCUGUACCGGCCUGCUGCUGAGGCCUGCUGCUGGUUUCCCCUAGCCCUCUGAGGCCCUGCUGCUGGUUUCCCCAGCCCUCUGAGGCCCUGCUGCUGGUUUCCCCAGCCCUCUGAGGCCUUGCUGCUGGUUUCCCUAGCCCUCUGAGGCCCUGCUGCUGGUUUCCCCAGCCCUCUGAGGCCCUGCUGCUGGUUUCCCCAGCCCUCUGAGGCCCUGCUGCUGGUUUCCCCAGCCCUCUGAGGCCUUGCUGCUGGUUUCCCCUAGCCCUCUGAGGCCCUGCUGCUGGUUUCCCCAGCCCUCUGAGGCCCUGCUGCUGGUUUCCCCAGCCCUCUGA